UGAGGCUCUGGAAGGGGUGGGGACCGCUGGGCUGGCCCGGGCGGGACAGGGCACUGUGUGUGCACGGCGUUGAAAUGCCCAGCACGUCGGGGCAGCGGGACAGAGCCCAGGGCGCGCGCGGAGACUGCCAGGGUAUCGCUCCUCAGACCACAGCCAUGAUAGAAAACUCCGACAAAGUUCCCAUCGCCCUGGUGGGGCCUGACGACGUCGAGUUUUGCAGUCCCCCGGCAUACGCCACGGUGACCGUGAAGCCCUCCAGCCCCGCGCGGCUGCUCAAGGUCGGAGCUGUGGUCCUCAUUUCGGGGGCGGUGCUGCUGCUCUUCGGGGCCAUCGGGGCCUUCUACUUCUGGAAGGGGAGCGACAAUCACAUUUACAAUGUCCAUUAUACCAUGAGUAUCAAUGGGAAAUUACAAGAUGGGUCAAUGGAAAUAGAUACUGGGAACAACCUGGAGACCUUUAAAAUGGGAAGUGGAGCUGAAGAAGCAAUUGAAGUUAAUGAUUUCCAGAAUGGCAUCACCGGCAUCCGUUUUGCUGGAGGAGAAAAGUGCUACAUCAAAGCACAGGUGAAGGCUCGCAUUCCUGAGGUGGGCACCAUGACCAAACAGAGCAUCGCUUCUGAGCUGGAAGGCAAGAUCAUGCCAGUUAAAUAUGAAGAAAAUUCUCUUAUCUGGGUGGCUGUAGACCAGCCUGUGAAGGACAACAGCUUCUUGAGUUCUAAGGUCUUAGAACUCUGUGGCGACCUUCCUAUUUUCUGGCUUAAGCCAACAUAUCCAAAAGAAAUCCAGAGAGAAAGAAGAGAAUUGGUAAGAAAAAUUGUUACAACUACUACAAGAAGACCACACAGCGGACCACAGGGCAACCCAGGCCCUGGAGGACCAAGUAAUGGAACCAUACCUAGUGUUCAAGAGGAUUCAGAACACUUUAACCCAGACAACCCUUACCAUCAGCAGGAGGGGGAAGGCAUGACAUUUGACCCUAGACUGGAUCAUGAAGGAAUCUGCUGUAUAGAAUGCAGACGGAGCUACACUCAUUGCCAGAAGAUCUGUGAGCCCCUGGGGGGCUACUACCCAUGGCCUUAUAAUUAUCAAGGUUGCCGUUCGGCCUGCAGAGUUGUCAUGCCAUGUAGCUGGUGGGUGGCCCGCAUCCUGGGCAUGGUGUGAAAUCACUUCAUGUACCUGGGGUUUGUAUCAUAAAAACUCAAGAGACAACCAGAGUAUGAGGCAUCUUGAUGCUGAAGGGACCACAAAGUAUUUCAUACUCAAUUUGAGCAAUGUUACUCAAGAUACCUUUCCCAGAAGCUCUCAACUGUUUUACAAAACUUUAUCCAGAAUGUGCAAAUGUACUGAAAGGGUAGUUUAAAAUGUCAUAACAAUUUUUUUAUUACUUGCUGUUUUUUAUCUGCUUUGCUUUGCAAAUAGGCCUACUUUAAUAACACUAACUUCCCAAGCUACUUUGAAAUAAACAUGAAAAAUCACUUACAAUGUCAAAGA